AUGGAUCGCGCAAGAAAGCGCGAGCUGCGUGCUCUAAAUGAGAGGGCCUGGGACGGCGAUACUGAUGUCUUCUCUGUGAAUGGGACACUCGAUUCGUCCUUGAAGAAGAAUACCGCCUUCAUUAAACGUCUGCGAACCGCCGUCACCGCCGCCACUCUUAGCACCUUUCUCCAGGAGAUCCGCACCCUCAGUCUGCACAAGUACUUGUCUGAAAUUAUAUCCGCAUGCUACGAAGGCCUCUGCAAGCUCAAGUCUCCCGGCGAGGUUGAAGCAGGCGUGGAGAUUGUUAGCGCUCUCCACCAACGAUUCGGCCCCGGUGAGUUCACCGAAUAUUUGGCAUGGCUGUUGGGCAAAGGCAUGGCGACGCCCGAUAAGAGUUUUCUCAAAACACUUGCCCCGGACGCCCGCGAGAAGGAAGAGAAGGAACGCAUUACCCGACAACGAGCCUUGCUUCGGGUUGUAACCGAACUAUGGUUGGUUGGGGUUUUGCGCACUCUGGACGAUGCAACGAAGCCCGAUGAUGCGACGAAAGCAGCUGCAGGCAAGGCCACCGAGAUUAAAGUCCGAAGCAGCAACCCGAAUAAGAAUGGGGUAGCUACCGAACCUUUCCCCCUUGAGGUCUUGAAGGACUUGCUUGGCUAUGAUCGCGAACAUGUAAAUCUUCCCCUGCUGGUCAUUUUUGUCAAAGCAUUUAGCUGGGAUAUCUUGGGUGUGCAGCCCGCAGGAUCUGAAGGCCGCAAAACUGUCGAGGAAGAUGGCGCGACAACAUCAACAGAGGAGCAAGCUGCGACCAAGGAAAAGGACGACCAUGCUGGAAGUGACACUCAACCGUCUGUGAAUUCCGAUCAGCCAUUUACCCCCCCGGAGCUCCAAGAACGAUUCAAGACAAUUCUGAAGAAGUAUUUUGAAGAUGUGAAAAAUCAUAUUGUCAAAGACCAAAAGUCGAUCCAGUCUCAGGCACGUCGAAAUGCCGAAGCAUAUGUAAAGUCGGGAGAGGUCUUCGAAGACCGCCAAUCCAACUAUGAGAAGCAAGUGAAGGCGCAAGAACGACUGGUUUCUAACGCACAGGUUGUUGCCGAUGCUAUCGGAGCGGAGAUGCCCGAUUUGAAGGACUCUGAAGAUUCGCUCGCCGCGUCGAGUAAUUCCAUUGGAUUGGUCAAGACAGGAGAAUAUAUUCGAUCAUUUGGCGAAGGCGCUGGGAUAUGGGAGGAUGAGGACGAACGUCGAUUCUACGAGAACCUUGUAGACAUCAAGGGCAAGGUUCCUGACAUUCUUCUGGAGGACGGCAAAAAGAAGAAGACAGAUGCAGACGAGCAGUCUGGCAAGAAGACUGAUGUGGUGGAAUCAACUGAGACUGCCAAGCCAAUUGAUAACACUGCGGAUGAUCAGUCUACAGCGAUUGCGAACAAGACCAUCGGAGCGCAGGUGGACGCCCUUCUUUCUAGGUUACCCGACCUUACGUCUAAGGAAAUCAUUGAUCAGACUGCCAUCGAUUUCUGCUUCCUCAACUCCAAGGCAUCCCGAAACCGACUUGUCAAGGCAUUGACAGACGUCCCUAAAGGCCGUACCGACUUGCUCCCUUGUUGGGCCCGGCUGGUUGCUACGCUAGGAAGAUACAUGCCUGACGUCCCUAAAGGUCUCGUGGACUACCUAGACGCUGAAUUCCGAAGCCUGCAGCGACGAAAGGAGAAGGAUUUCUUGGGCCAGGUUCGCCUCAGCAAUAUUCGAUAUCUAGCUGAGCUGACAAAGUUUGGAGUUGUCCCAGAACAUGUUGUGUUUCACUGUCUCAAAGUCAGCCUGGACGACUUUUCUCGAAUGAAUAUCGAAAUUCUCUGCAAUUUGAUAGAGAACUGUGGCCGGUAUCUCCUAAGGACCCCCGAGACAUCACCUCGCAUGGCCAGUUUCUUGGAAACUCUCCAACGAAAAAAGUCGGUUCAGCAUAUCGGUCAGCCAGAGCGAAUGCUCAUUGACAACGCGGUGUACUAUGUCGACCCACCAGAGAGACCAGCCGUCGAGAUCAAAGAGAGGACCCCGAUGGAGCUCUUCAUCCGGAAGUUGGUCUAUGUAGAUAUGUCUAAGCGAAAUUAUAGCCAAAUCCUGAAGCAAAUCCGAAGACUGCAUUGGGAGGAGACUGAGGUCGUCGCGAUUCUUGAGAAAGUCUUUUCGAAACCUGGCAAGAUGAAGUACGGCAACAUUCAUCUUCUCGGUGUCAUCCUCGGUGCACUGUAUCGAUAUCAUCCUGCUUUUGUAGUGAGGGUGAUCGAUAAUGUCAUUGAGUCGAUCAACUUGGGGCUAGAGCAAAACGAUUUUAGAUUCUACCAGCGUCGUAUCGCGGAGGUCAAGUAUUUGGGCGAACUAUACAACUAUCGCCUCCUGGAACACCCUGUCAUUUUUGACAUUAUGUACAAGAUCCUCACCUUCGGAUACGGUGGUCCACCGGUUCCAGGUCGUUUCAAUCCGUUCGACUUACCUGACGAUUACUUCCGUAUUCGCUUAACAUCUGUAAUGCUGGAGACAUGCGGCGUCUUCUUUAAUCGUGGGGCCGCUGGGAAGAAGUUGGAUUACUUCUUAUCCUUUUUCCAGUAUUACAUCUUUAUCAAGCCCUCCCUGCCAAUGGAUAUCGAAUUCAGCGUUCACGAUACAUUCGCGUUAACUCGCCCGCAAUGGAAACUUGCAUCCAACCUGGAAGAGGCUGCUAAGGCCUUCCAACUCGCAAUGGCCCAAGACCAAAAGAUGGCUGGUGCCGACAAGGCCGCCGAAGCCGAUGAUGCCACAAGUGAACCAUCUUCCGAGGAUGAUAAUGGCGAGGCGGACGAUAUCGAAGCCGAUGUUGAUGGUGAUGGCGAAGGGGAUGACGAAAGCAUCUCCGAGGAGGAGGAGGAUGCUGAUGAGGGAGAGGAGGGAUCAGAUCACGCUAGCAACUUUGAUGACGAGGCAAUCGUGGUGACACGCCAAGAAGAAGCUGUCGAUCCGGAAGACGAGGCUGAGUUCGAGCGUGAAUACGCUAGAAUGAUGGCUGAGAGCCUCGAGUCGCGGAAAUUUGAACGCAAGCAGCUCUUUGACGUACCCCUCCCAGUGCGGCCAAAGACACGAGAGCCAUCGGCGGUCAGUUCUGGCGGAGCUCCAGCCGAGUCUGAGACUCCCGCCCCAGCAAUCAAUACUAUGGCUUUCUCGCUACUCACGAAGAAAGGAAACCGCCAGCAGACUAAGCAGAUCGAGCUACCCUCGGAUUCCACAUUUGCUAUUGCAAUGAAGAACCAGCAGCAGGCCGAGAAGGAAGAGCAGCAGCGUAUCAAGAAUUUGGUCUUGAAUUACGAUCUUCAACAGAAUGAAGACCAGCAAGAAGUCCAUGAACGACAGACUUUUCAUCAUAACCGCGUUGAAAAACCGGGUAAGGAUCGGGGGCAACGGGUUCGCAAGCUGCAGCUGAGCGAUGUUGACUGGUAA